GGUGAUGGUGUCAGCCAUGGUAUGAGCUAUCCUAGUGUGCCCACUGACCUUGCUGCACUAGGGGCUAAAGCUGGAAAAGGAGCAGGGACAGGCUAUCCUAGUCUGCCAGUUGACCUCAGUGUCCUGGGGGCCAAAGCAGACAAGGGAGCAGGUCUGGGGACUAGUGUCUACGAUGGCCAGAGUCUCGGAGCUAGCCUUCUUGGAGGAGAGGGCAAGUCCACCAGUUAUGAGGGCACUGCUAACAGCGCUGCUGCAGCUGAAACUCCUGCCCAGUUACCCUACGGGGGUCAGCCAGUGGUUUCGGCUGGGUUGGGACCUGAGGGCAAGGCGGGUGCUUACGGGGCAGGGCAGCUACCCUAUGCAGGGCAACCCAUCCAGCCAGCGGGGAUUGGAGCCGACCCAGGACUGGCUGAAUACGGUGGAGUCAGUGCUGAACUAGGAACCGAAACUACAACAGGCAAAUAUGUGGGUGGCAGCCAGCUCCUUUUCAAUGGCGCCCCCAUCAUUCCCACUGGCCUGGAUGGUAACACUGGAUUGCCAUACAGUAGCCAGCCCCUCGGUUUGGGGGCUGAUGGGAAAUUGCCGAGCACAUACGGGAAUGCUGGCCUGCCAUACUACCUACAGCCAUUUGGGCUUGGGACUGAUGUGAAAUCUGCAGCAAAAUACGGAAACAGCGGUUUGACAACCCAGCCAUUUGGAUCGGAAGCAGAUGGAAGGUCUGCUGGUAAAUAUGGUGGAAAGGAAAACAAAUAUGGAUUGAAUAGGUUUUUCAGCAAUGGAUACCAAGGUUAAUUCUGCUGGCCCCAGGAAGCAGUUUUGUGUUCUUCUGUUAUCAAUGUGUGUGUGUGUUUGUUUAAUAAGUUGCAUAUGAUGGUUUUGUUUUCUCUUAACUGCUUGUGUCAUUGGUGUUGCCACUGAUUCCAUCCCUCUCUGCCCUUCCUGCCUAUCACUGGGGAUGUAUGUGUUUCUCUUUCACGUUAUCGUCACCACUGCAGCUCCAUAAGGACCUGGCUCCCUUCAUAUCUUUCCGGUGCACAGAAACUCCCGAUUCUUCUGCUGUAAAUUGUCGAGCUUCGUCUCUCCCCCAGUCUUUUGUUGUACAUGUAAUAAAAUGAGUACCUGAGCUGCAGAAUGAGAUUUCAUCAGGUGCUUAAUUAAUGAGGCAGAUCUGAACCUGCACUCGCAAGACUUUUUGGGAUUAGAAUGUCAUUCCCCUUACUUUGGAAUU